CCAUUGCCAUCAUUGUGCUUUCAUCCACCGAAGACGACACAUUUCUCUGCAUUCAUUAAAGCGCGAAAUUGAAGACGCGAUGGGGAAAAUUUCUUUCUUAUUAUCAGUAGUGUCCCUUAUAUCAGUGUUAAUUCUUCCUUGCCAUAGUGCUAUAGACCAGAGUGAACAAAUCUGGGAACCCAAAUCAGCUGAGGAGUUGCGUAAUUUCAUUCAUACAAGUAUGUCAAGAACGAAAAACAAUCCAGAACGUGAUGAUGUACUCUUCAAACAGCUUCUUAGCCCCAACCCAUUGGCAGCAGUCUCAGGAUAUUUCAAGAAUGGUUGUCAAUGUUCGAAUGGCAUUUGCAGUUGCUGCACAGGAAUAUUUAGUAUGAAUGGAUGUAUGAAUCUCACUUAUAUACCGGAAGAGUUUGCAUUCGAUUUUCGAAUGUUAUUCAACAACCGUGUAAUGUACAGGAACCGAGUUAGUGGUAAGAAUCCGCGACCAGUAUGCGUGAACCCUCCAAGAUUUGAUUUCAUAGAGGUUUGUGCCAGAUUCUACGAUCUCUAUUUUGUUGGACGAAAUGUACACGUCUGUUUAGAAAUGAACGGAAACUUUGACGGAUUCGAACUGUUUUCGAGGCAAAUGAACUGCUUGAGAAUGGGAGAUAAAGGCGUAAAAAUACUCAAGCCAGGAGAAGGAUCUGGUUUGAAUAAACCACCAGGUCUUGAUGCGGAAGUUGAUUCUGGAACAAGUGAUAUUGAUGAUUACGAUGAGCAUGUCGUAUAAUUUUAUUUAUGGUGCUUUGUACUUUGUACUUCAUAAAACCACUAUUUCGAUUCUUCA